GGUGUGUCUCCAGAGUAAACUUCAAUUACUCUACAUUUCAUCGAUGCUGGACUGGCGAGAAAAAGGAGGAACUGAUUUGGGGUGAAAAGGUGUAACGAACUGUGAACUGUAAAAACGACCCACACAAAACAACCAAGAUGGGCGAGAAGAAACCAGAGCCGCUGGACUUCGUGAAGGACUUCCAGGAGUACCUGACGCAGCAGACCCACCACGUGAACAUGAUCUCGGGGUCCGUGAGCGGGGACAAGGAAGCGGAGGCCCUUCAGGGAGCGGGGGCCGAUGGCGACCAGAACGGGCUGGACCACCCCUCUGUGGAAGUGUCCCUGGAUGAAAGCUCAGGAAUGUUAGUAGACGGGUUCGAAAGGACCUUCGACGGGAAGCUCAAGUGCCGGUAUUGCAACUAUGCCAGCAAAGGAACAGCCCGGCUCAUCGAACACAUCAGAAUCCACACAGGUGAAAAGCCUCAUAGAUGUCACUUAUGCCCCUUUGCCUCUGCUUACGAGCGCCACCUGGAAGCACACAUGCGUUCCCACACGGGAGAGAAACCAUAUAAAUGUGAACUGUGUUCCUUCCGCUGCAGCGAUCGAAGCAACCUGUCCCAUCAUCGACGGCGCAAGCAUAAGAUGGUACCAAUUAAAGGUGCCAGGUCUUCCUUAAGCAGCAAGAAAAUGUGGGGUGUUUUACAGAAGAAAACCAGCAACCUGGGCUAUAGCAGAAGAGCCCUCAUCAACUUGAGUCCGCCUUCCAUGGUGGUUCAGAAGCCAGACUACCUUAACGACUUCACCCACGAAAUCCCCAACAUCCAGACGGACUCCUAUGAAAGUAUGGCGAAGACCACCUCAACUGGGGGCCUACCCAGGGACCCCCAAGAACUCCUGGUCGACAACCCUCUGAACCAGCUCUCCACGCUCGCAGGGCAGUUGUCCAGCCUGCCCCCCGAAAGCCAGAACCCCGGGUCCCCUGACGUCGUGCCCUGUCCGGACGAGAAGCCUUUCCUGAUGCAGCAGCCCUCCGCCCAGGCCGUGGUUUCCGCCGUGGCCGCGAGCAUUCCUCAGAGCGCCUCCCCCACCAGCCCCGAGCCCCGGCCGCCCCAGAGCCAGAGGAACUACAGCCCCGUGGCCGGUCCCAGCAGCGAACCCAGUGCCCACACGAGCACCCCGAGCAUAGGAAACAGCCAGCCGAGCACGCCCGCGCCGACCCUGCCGGCCCAGGACCCGCAGCUCCUGCACCACUGCCAGCACUGCGACAUGUACUUCGCCGACAACAUCCUCUACACCAUCCACAUGGGCUGCCACGGGUACGAGAACCCGUUCCAGUGCAACAUAUGCGGCUGCAAAUGCAAAAACAAGUAUGAUUUCGCCUGUCACUUCGCAAGAGGGCAGCAUAACCAGCACUGACCGGACAGAACCGGCCCCUAGAACACUUAGUGUGGCUUCAAGUUGUGACGCUCACUGCAGCGGACCAGUCGUCCUGUGAGGGGCAGAGCCACGGGAGCUGACUGCAUCGACGCCGUAGUGGGAAAGGACUGACAUGCGAAAGCAGAUAGACACACACAGACGUAUUUGUUUACAGAAAUAAGACGUGCUGAGUAAUCUAGAGGAGUUUUGACUAGGAGGUUGCUGUUUAUAUAUUGUGUAAUAACUCGCUUACCCUGAAGACCACUUGGUCAAACAAUAAACUUACUAUUUCUAA